UCAUGAUUACUGUUGAUUAUUCUUGGAACGCACUCACAUACAUGUAUAGCUGCCCUCGUUUUUGUGUUUUGGCGCGUACUCUGUUGCUGUUGUUUUUUAAGCAUGACAAAGCACCGUACAAUUUCACAACAGCAACUUCAUUAUGAUGUUCGGCUUGUUUUUCCACGAAACAACUGUUUACCGAACGUGGCGGCUCUGCCGCUGCAGACGUCAACAGCGCAGUGGUGGCGCUGUCUGUUCUCUGUGCAUACAUAUACGUGUGUAUGCGUGUGUGUGUGUGUGUAUGUGUAUGUGUGCGUACGUUGUGCUUGUUUCAUUCAAACGUCCACCGAGAAAUUUCAUUUCAAUACGCAGCCCAGCCAACGACGCGUCGCAGUCGUCGCAUUUGUAGGUUCGUUACAAAUCGAUUUCGAUAAGUUUGUCAGUGUUUGUCGGGAAAAAGCGACGCACAGUUUAGAUUCAGACGUUAGCUGGUGUGGUUCGCGAGCGGUUGUAUCAGAGCGAGAGAGAGUGCGAUUUAGGCGCGCAGAAGAAACUAGCGGUAACGGUAACAUCGCUCUGCUUCUGAAUAACAAGUGCGGGGGAGGCGAGGUGCCAUUAACAGCAGCAGCAAUCUGCCUGUUGUUCUCGUUGUUCGUGCUGUUGUUGCUCGUGUUGUUGUUGUUAUUGUGUGUUUGCUGAACAAAUAAAGGAAAAACAAAUACAUAUGCCAAUGAAGAAACGGCUCUAAUAUGUUGUUUCGAGAAUGGAAUGCUAAUAAAAAUACAACAAAUUCUGAAAUGUAAAAUAAAAUUGUCGCGAGAGUAUGAUUAAAAGCCAGGUGAUAAAAUGUUGAUUGAAUGCAUUUCGCGCAGCAUUCCCUAAACAAAUAGAUCAGGAGAAAGUAAAGAACUGAGUUCCCGAACAAAAUAAAACCUUAUAUCAAAAGCAGCUAGCGGGGAGCGGAAAGUGGAGAGCGGAAAGUGGAGAGUGGAGAGAAGCAAAUGAACUUCAAUCCGGAUAGCUUUGUGACCGUCCAAAACGUGCAUCAUCCUUACCAUCAGCGGGAGCGACACAACAUCCCAUUGCCGCCGAACUACGGAAGACAAUCGGCAGUCGCGGUGGGGAUCGAGAUCGCCAUCGGGUCAGGCGGCGCCAGGAGGAGCAGCGGCGGUGGUAGCAGUUCACCUAAAAUCAUGGAAUGGACCAACGACGAUGCAUUAGAGCUUAUCGAACAGUAUCGCUGCCACACCGAGCUGUGGAAUCGCGCCGAUCCCAAGUACAAGGAUAAGCUGUGCCGCUUCCGGGCAUGGUCCGAGAUCGCCGAUCGCUUUGGCUGCAGCAAGGCCGAGGUGGAGCGCAAAAUGAACGUUCUGCUCACACAGUACCGACGCGAGAAGCACAAGAUGUUUGUCAAAAUCUAUCAGGGCAUACAGCCCAAUCCGUCCAAGUGGUAUGCCUUCAAGCGCUUCGACUUCAUGGAAGCCGGCGGCGGCAGCCUCAGCGGACUGCCCACCAGCGCCACAGUUGGCGGCGUAGCCAGCUCCUCCUCCUCCUCCGCAACCAGCAACACGCACAACGGACUCAAUGGCCUGGCCGCUGCCGCGGUCGCUGCCGCUGCCUACGACAGCAGCACCAUCGCGGCAGCGGCCAACGGCGGAGCCACCGGGCCGAUUGGAUGUGCUGGUGGUGCCACGACAACCACAACUGGAGCGCCUGCAUCGCAGCACAGACGCAUCAAAACCAAAGAGCUGAAAUAUUUCGGAGCGAUGGGCCUGAAUAUACCCAUGCUGAUAGCAAGUAGUCAAACACAGCUGGACAACUGGAACACGGCGGGUCAGUACUCGCCGCCGAUAGGCAGUGCCGGCGGCGGAGCCGGAGGCAUACCCAGUUCUCAGCCGCAGCAGCUGCGCGUUGCUCUGCCCAUGUCUUAUGGCGCUGCCAGCGGCACGCCCUACACGGUCGGAGGCGGCGGCGGAGGGGGCGGCAGCAGCAGCAGCGAGUUCCAGCCUAGUCCGCACAAGACCGUCGACACGUCGGAUAACGAAGACAACCCGAUGAGGGACGAGGCGGCGUUGACGGCGACAGCGAGCGCGCUGGGGCAGCUGGCGGCCAAAGUGGAACGCCGCUCGCCGGUCUCCUCCAGCAUGGGCGCAGGCAGAGGCAGUGAAGACGGCGGCUUGGGUAACGCGCACGGUGCAACCGAGAAUCCUGGCUGUGAUCAGGCGCUGGUUGCAGUCGCCCUGAGCGAGGCCGGGUCUAGUCCAAUACCCAACACCAACACCAAUACGAACAUGCACGAGGCGCACAAGAAUCAUCUGCUGCAGUCGAGUCCUGCGUCAGCACGUGCGGCAACACCUCGUCAUGCGCACGAGCAACUGCAUCAUGGCCACCAUGCGCUGCAGCAUCAUGCUCAUGGGCAGCACCCGGAUGAGCUGGAUAUCAAACAGGAGCUGGUUGACUACUUUCAUCCCCCGUCCGUGUCCGCAGCUCCACCACCGCCAGACUCACAUCGUUCCUAUAGCUCGGCCGGCGAGGAAAGCCGCCUCCAUCUGGACAUGGCGCAGGAUCUGCGUGUGGCCCAGGCCAAGGCGCAGGCCAACUUUGGCUCCUUUGUCCUGCCCCCGCGUAGCAGCAGCGCCCAGUUGGCCGCAGCCGCCGCGGCAGCCUCAAUGCCCCUGAACAUGCGCAAGCUGACAGCAGCUUCGAGUGCCGGGCACAUGCUCAUGAACUCGCUGCUCAGCUCGAGGGAGAGCAUGUCCGAUGCGGACGGCGACGUGGACAACGAUGAGGCCACUGAAUCGGCAGCUAGUCCGGGUCACAUCAAGAGCAGCGUUUCGGCACAGGACGCCGGCUCCGCGGCGGCUGCAGCCGCUGCUCUGUACGCAGAGAGUCUCAGCCGGGACGAUUGCGAUUUUGUGGGCUCCAAUGUGUCCAUGAAGCUGCGCACCAUGGACCGUACGCAGCGCAUCAUCGCCGAGAAACUAAUCAGCGAGGUGCUCUUCUUUGGGCAGUUCAACGAGCUGGAACGAACUGCGUGCAUCCAGCCCAAGUGACAGCGACGUCCAAGGAAGUGGACGAGUGCGGGACGUGUAGGUUUAGGUACGGGCAAGGGUAUUACAACUGAGAAUGGAAUGGCAACGGGUUUGGAAAUGGCUUGGAACAUGGCAAAUAGACAAAAUGAAAUUUCACUGUGAAAUAGCCAAGAAAACUAACCACCACCACCACAAAAAAACAACAACAACAACAACAAAACAAAACAAACAGUACAAUUUACUUUUAGUUCAACGGGGCCUAACUAAGGGGCUCAUCUGUACAAAGCACAUGGGGCAGCGUUACUUAGAACCAGAUAGCUGUAAGGACAGCGGAUCAACAUGAACACGAACAGGAUUUGGACCUGGUUUGGAAAGCAAUCGGAUUGACUUCCGAGACGGUUUCCAACGGGCUAACUAACAAUAGCAACACAACUAACCGACAGAAUCUCAGUAUUACUUAUAAAAUACAUCAACUUGGGUGUAGUAAGUGUAUAUACAGCACCUACAACUAUAUCAUAGAAAUGCAACCCCGGCGGCGGGAGGGGGGAAGCACAAAAAGCAUUUGCCAUGUUGGGCCUCUCAGAAACGAUCCGACCAUGUCCAGUGGGCUUUUUAUUUUUAUACGGUAGGCCCAAUACACAGCAGGAGAGGAACUUUAUAAAGAAAAGCCCACGUUGGGCGUAAAAUUAC